AUGGAGAGAGGCCAGCGAUGGAUGGAGAAAGAGGAGGCCGUGUCACUUCGACAAGCCAUGGACGACAUGCAGAUCAAGAGAGACGAGCCCGGCUACAAAAAAGAUGACGCUCAUACUAAGGAUGAGACUGCCUGCACGCCAGACGACGAGACCCGCAUCUAUAGCGCCGCACUCGACGAAGCCUCGGAGCUUGUCUGGCAGCAUCAAAACGGAGUCCGGCCCCCUGACCCUCACGCCCCUUAUCGGUACAAGCCCCAUCUGAGAAAGAAUAGCUAUGCCCACGCUCGUACGGCCAGCGUGGGUCCCUCUAGCUCUAGCCGGCCUCUCCCUAAACCUCUAUCCUCCAGCCGUCGCCGCAGCAGCAUGAAGCGAAACAUUAGCGGCGAAGUCGAGAGACCGUUUUCAGGUGAUCAGAUAUGGGAGGAACCGGAAGGCACCCCACGCGAAGACAAGUCUAAAACAAAGUCGGCAUCGUCAUCAGAGUUGCCUCUUGUGGACAAGCCAAAGAACCCUCAAGGCCAAGUUCGCUUUGCUGCGCCGUCCCCGGCGGACCGCGUGGCUCCUUGGAAGCCUAGAUGCAAUGUCGAAAUUCAUCGAAACCCACCAUCGCAGUCGCGCAACCCCCUGUACACGACCAACACCUCCGCCUCCAAACCCGCAGUGGAUGAUACAGUACCUAAGAAGAAUGGCAUAGAGAUCCGCAGUGACGAUAUCAGGGGUGCCACGAGCAUGAAGCUCAAGGACCGCAGUGCGAAACUGCCCACACCCACGGCCGUCAGCGAUCGCCCUGGACGGCCGAUUGUAAGCUUCGAUUCGAAGUGGAAGGCUCCUGACGAGAGAACUGAUGUAAGGCCAGGAUCGGCUUCCGGCAACAACACAUCGGGAGCCUCGAGCCAAAAGAGCCAGCCGAUGGAGGUUCCUUCUAUCGUGGUGGCGCCGGAGGAGCCCCCGUCAGACAGACCACGCGGGGUCCCGGCUGUACCGUCCAUAAGCAUUGACGGGGCAGAUGAUUCGGUUGGAUCCAGCCCGAGCAUACCUGUUAUAGUCACUCCUGACGACGAUUCUCCGGCCUCUACGCCGCGGCCGCUACCCGACCCCAAGACGGCAUCCAGAGCACGACCCUUCCAGCGUCCUCAACGGCACUGGUCACCUGCCGCUGUGGCUGGCAAUCGUUCGACAACCUUGUGUCAUGAGUGCGGGUUCCCUAUUGAAGGCAGAUUUGUCUCUCUGGCCGGAUUAUCUGAGCGCUUCCAUCCUCAGUGCUUCAGCUGCUAUGCUUGUGGCACAGGCCUCGAGGCUUUGGAAAUUAGCCCCGAGCCUGAUGCUCACCGUCAAGAGCGUCUGGAGAGGAUUAGACGCAGAACCAACGGCGAGGUGCUGGAAGAGACCCCGGGAAAGACAAUGGCUGACGAUGGUGAUGAGCGACUCCGUUUCUACUGCCAUCUCGACUGGCACGAGCUCUAUGCUCCGAGAUGCAAGCACUGCAAGACACCCAUCCUCGGCGAGCAUGUAGUCGCACUCGGAGAGCACUGGCACUAUGGACAUUUCUUCUGCGCCGAGUGCGGCGACCCGUUCGAGAAGGGCAUGACGCACAUUGAGAAGGAUGGAUACGCGUGGUGUGUCAAGUGUCAAACCAAGCGGACGGAAAGAAGGGCGCCCAAAUGCAAAAAGUGCAAAACUGCUGUCAUCGGGCAGUACAUCAGAGCUUUGGGAGGCGAGUGGCAUGACGAGUGCUUCCGCUGCGCUUCUUGUCAGGGUGGUUUUGACGAUGGCCAGAUCUUUCCCAAGGAGGUAGGAGAUAAAAUGAUGGUAUUGUGUACAGGAUGCCGCAUGAUGGAACUCAAGGCAUAA